CAAAGACGAGAAUUCUAUUCUCGUGCACUGCUGCUAGUUCCACACCAUCUGCAUCAAGAGGAUUCUGCCAAAGGAUUCAAAUCAGAUCAGCAAGUAUUAAAUGAAGAUCAAUGGAAGAUCUGCAGGGAUACUGGCCCUUUUGAAGACAUCAUUGUUACAGAAAGACUUGAUAUACUUAGACAGCUUAAAGAAGUCAAUGGGAGUAUUUCAGAAGCUGAUGGAAUGAUUCCAGAAAUGUAUGACAGGAGAACAGAGAUCCAUUUGACUGAUGACCAUGUGGCUGAGAUUGUCCCCAGCUCCAACCCUGAAUCAAUAGACAGCUUCCUCUCAGAUGAACUUUUUUGAACCCUUUGACACAUUUGAUGAUACAAAGGAAGCCUUUGAGAAGGAAGAUUUAUCUGAAUAUGGAGAUGAAAAAGAGAAAGACAAACUUGAGGAUGUACUUUUGUCAGAUGGACUUAAGGACGCAUGCAGCAAUUUUCCCAAGCUGUCUACUCUCAUCCAUUGUCUACAGUCAAGAUCAGUGAAAGAUCCACUGGCUGAUGAAGAUGGCACAACAUAUUCUGAAGUUCUUAUUUUUAAAGAACAUUUCAAGAUGGAAGGAGAGGAGGCUAGUGUUCGACAGUCAACUGAGGAAAUAACCACCCACCUGGAAGCAUUUGAAAAAUGCACAUUUUCUGAUCAUAAAGCAGGGGAACUGGAAGAUGUGAUACUGCCUCCCUGCAAAAAGGGAGAGGAAGACAGAGUGAACGGCAUGCUUGACAUUCACUCUCAUGUGAAGGCAUGUGUUAGCAGUGAAGCUGAGGAACAGCGUGAAGACAAGCAUGAUGAUUGGCAUUUAGUUCCUGAUUCAUUUAUUUCUGCUGCUGGAGUUGAGGAACCUGAAAUUACAGGCAUUUCUUCCCCAAGUGGUGUAGACUUUCUCACUCUCAAUGAUCCAGCUGUUGAAAGUAAGGAUGGCAAGCUGGAGAGGAAAGCCCUGCUGGAAUCCCCCAUACUUCCAUGCAAGUCACCAGAGAUACAUGCCUGGAACCUUGCAAACCAACUCCAGGAACUCAAGCCGGCAUCACCUGGCAUCAACACAACUCAAGCAUUCCUGCGUCAGUUUGAAAAAGAAGCCAUCCUAACUAAGGUGUGGGAACAUGAAAAAUUCUUUGAUGAAGUCCUAGCCUUGCGACUCCCUGAACCUGUUGUAGCAGAGGAACAUUUCCCUGAUCAUACUUCUAUCCCAGACCUUGUGAGGAAGCUUCAGCUUGUGGAGGAGUCUGGCCUGGGCAGUGUGGAGCUGCAGCUGCGAUGGGAUCCGUGGUUGUCCUGCAGGGCUCUCAUGACCAGGGUGAUUCAGGUGGAACAGGCAGACUUCGGGGGUGGCACUAAAGCAACAUCAGUGCUUAAUGUGGAUGAAGUAUUUGUCAAGUCCACCCUAAAUGAAUUGUAUGUAGAUGUAGACAAUGAUGCUGACAUACAGACUGUGACUCUCCAAGAAGACACAGGAACAACACAUACCCAUCACAAAGAGGGCAAAUCUAACAUAGACAAGAUGGAGGCACCAUUAAACACCAGAGCAGAUGGAAUAAGUCUCAGCAAAGGCAACACACCAACAAUAAUUGACAAGAUUUCAAGAUCAGCAAUAACAAAUGAUGGCAGUUUCACUGAGUUUAGUCCACUUGAUGAAUUUUUGAUGAUGAGAACUUCAACAAUUACAAAACACUUUGACAACAUGCAGACUAACAAAGCUUCAGUCUCCAAACAGUCAGGUGAACUCGACAAGGAAAUAAGACAGAGGGUUGAAACAGUGCCUCAAAUGGCUCUUUGCAAAACAGUUGAUGUUCAGUUGUCAGGACCACACAUGCAGGUGUUUCAUGCUUUACAUUCCUUUGCUCGCCCAUAUAUGGAUGUGUUGAAGCAGGCAGGCGAGAUUCCCCACCAUGCCUCCUUGUUCAGUCUCAAGCUAGAAUUGACUCGCUUCCUGGUGAAGGAGAAGGAGAAGGAACAGCAAGAUAGACAAACAGACAGUGGUGAUGUGUACAAGUCUGCUGUGGUUGUCUAUGCUGUAGUUGGAGCUGUAGACCUCCUGAUUCACUGCUGCCUUGAGUCUGCCAUAAGCCACCUCAGUGCUGUACAUGAGAAGUACCACCCAACUCUUGGAGGCUCUUUGGAGAGUAUCAGGAAGGAGUUAUUUCAGUUCAAGGUUUCAUUUGACCAAAACAAUGUACUUCAUCCCAAAGUGGGCAUUCUCUGUAAGAACAUUGAGGAGACUGUGAAGAGUUCCCCAGGAAAUGGUAAAGGAAACAAGGUGCUUGUUGUUACAAAGCGUAAUCUUCCCAGCCUCAUGUGUUACCUAGAGAAGGCGCUUUCUGUGUGUGCAGAUAUUUGCCCUUGCUUCACAAAGACAUUAGAGGAAGACACAUUCUUACAAGCGGAAAAUCAUAACUGUGUCAUCUUAAAUGAAUCUGUUUUAAACAAGCAUACCAAAUGGGACAUGUUUGGUCUUGUGAUUGAGUUCGAGACAGAAAGUAACUCAUCAGCAUGUAGGAAUUGUCAGGACAUUGGUGUCAGCUACCUUGGCUUAAAGGGGGAUAUGCAGGACAUGAAGACUGAAGAGACGCAGGAAGUACAUUCCUUGCAAAUGAAGAAAUCUGAUAUCAAAGUGACAGUGAUUGGCUCUGUGAACCUUACAAGUCAGAAGAAUUUACUUCAGCUUUUAGAAUCAAGACACAACAUUGCUGUCAUAGAGAGAGAAAACUCGGACAGUGACAGUAGACCCUGUGUGGAUGUGAUCGUGGAUGAGAGACACUGUGUUGUGCUAUACUCCCUGAUGGACUUCACUGAUGAGUGGCAGGUGGAGAAACUGUCCAGGAAGCUGGUAGUUCUCGGCCUACAGUUUACAUACUGCUGGGUCAUCUUCUACUCCACAGAUUCAAAAUCAAAAGGCUACCUGCUGCCAAAUGCUGUUGUUGCAAAUAUCUGUAAGCUUGAGGCAGCGCUGGCAAAUCUGAAUAGCAACACUGACAGGUUUCAAAUCAUAUACAAAGUACUGAUAGCCUACAACCUGAUACAGCUGGCAGCUGCAGUGAGAUUAUGCUGUGACAAGUGUGUUGAGAUGUCCACAGUGUGGACUAAACAACAGUGGACAAGGCCCUGGAUCUCAGGGGAUGCAUCAAGGGAAGAGAAGUUUCUUACCAGCCUGCAAUGUUUGAACUCUUUCAGUGCCCAGCUGUUGUUGUCCAGGACAAGCCUGGUCUCCCUCCUCUCAUGCACACUGCCUCAACUCAGGCAGAUAGCUCCUGAACUCCCAGAAAAAGUGCAUCUGAUGUUUUACAAAAUGAUCAACUGUGACACUGGAUUACACUUGAGAUCAGAUGACACAGUAAAACUGGAUUUGCAACUGAUAGCACAGCCAACCUCGGCCCCAUAUAGGCAAACUGACAAUAGCUGCCCUGAUUCCAUGGCACCUGACCAUCUCCAUCAGGGUUCAAGAAAUGGUUACCAAAGCUUGAAAGAGAUUCAGAUCCCAAGGUUCUCUGAGGAUUUCCUACCAAAGCAGCUGAAAUCCAAGGGUUGUUCCACACAAUCUGUACCCAUAUUUCAACAAAAUGGUAUCUCAGGGGACCCAGAUUUCAGUCUGGUAGAUGAAUACCCAACCCAGUCAUUUCUCAGCCAAGAUACAAAUGAGACCCCUGGAAAUUCACAGGGCUACACUAAACCAAAUGAAUAUGUUCUGGCCAAGAUUGAAGGUAUGACUGAAAAUGAAGCAAGGCAGUUUGAAGAAACUGUAACUCCUGAUUUUGAUCUAUUAGGAGAUGCGGACGUACAGAGAUUAACAGCUAGAUCUUCCAAAGAGCUUAAUGUUAUCAAUCAACCAAACCAGCCCGAUGUCUUCAGGCCAAUGAAGAUGCGGUCAUCGGCUGACAUGUAUGUAAAUGGAGACCAAGUUGUCCUGUCUGGCUGUACCAGAACAGUAGCAAACAAAAAGCCAAGUUUUAGUUCAGUCUUACGUGAGAAAAUGAAUUCAAAGAAUAGAUUCUUGCAGGAGUUCUGUCAGAGUAAUCCAUUUGAUGAAGUUUAUCAAAAUCAACAACGUCCAUCCACCACACUGAUCUCUGAGAGCCAUGAAAGUGAUUACUUUCCAGAAAAAUCCAUUAGGGAAAGCUAUCUCGGUCCGAGUUAUGUUGAUGAUUCUCCCCAGGAUAUACCUAAAAUACAUGGGUUACCAAGAACUGAUGCAGGAGUAAAUCACACCUAUGUUGAUCUUGGAAGGUCCAUGCUGCCAAGGUGUCAUGAACGCCGCCCUCCUCUACAUGCAUCUAAUGAUGGCCGAUGGCCUGACUUGACAAACAGGUCAUCAUCAAUGAAAAAAUCCCUCCUUGGCCGACCAGCUUUCAGUGAAAACUUUCAGAGUUCUCUGCUAAAGCCUCCUGUACAGAGAGUCAGCAUUGGACUAGCUCAGCCAUUGAGGAGAGAUACUCAACAGGAACAAGUACAGAGAGCAGCACAAGCUACUACAAGAUGGAUGAACUAUGACUCUCCUCCAAUGGACAUGGAACCAGAUUCUCCAUAUCAUGGGGCCACCACUCACAAGGAACAACCUUACACUUACAGACAUCAGAAGCAUCAACAGUCAUCCAGAAUGUUCCAAGCAGACAAAGAGCAAGGUGAAGAUGUCAACUGUCUCUUUGAAGACUUUCCAAACAAGAGAAAAAAGCUAACCUACAAACCCCUGCCUGGUCGAAGUCGGGGACAAACUGUGCUGGCAUUCAGAUGAUGUGUUGUAGGAACGGAAUGAUUAUUGAAAGUUUGGAAUUGUUCCUAAAUAGUUUUGGCCUUGCAAAUUACAUCUUAUGAAUACAAAAGAUGCAAGUGACUAAUGGUCUUGGUGUAUAUCCAACAUUCAAAACCAUAUUGGCAUAAUGUUCUUGUGUUUAUAUCAUUUAUGAGUGGCAGUUUUGUGGUCAAUCAGCUGGUGCAGACUGAACAUGGGACUUUACCAUGUGGUCAGUUAGAUGUUUCAGGUUUGACUUGAUAGUCUUUGUUGCAUUCUUGCAUACUGUGAGAAAUAAAGUGAUUCUCUACAAUCUAAAGCAGACCA